AUGGCAGUUAGCCUGAAUCGUGCUAAUGAAGAAAUAGCAAAAGAACAAAUCAUAACAAAUAAUCUAAGAGAACAAAGAUUAUUAAAAGAAAUAUCCAUACAAUCUACUAUCGAACACAGAAGACGUAGUAACGAAUGUUCAUCAUAUAAUAUUUUAUCUGUCGACGGCGGUGGUAUUCGUGGAAUAAUGGCUGCUAUUUGGUUACGUAUAUUAGAACUAAAAACGAAUCGAACAUGUUCAUCCAUGUUUCAGAUGAUGGCUGGCACAUCAACAGGUGCUAUUAUCGCUGCUGGUUUAUCGAUGCCUAAAAAACAUAGUCUAACAGAACCUGCUUAUGAUACUUCCGAAUUAGUGAAACUUUAUAGAACUCGUGGGGACGAUAUAUUUGUCAAAAAAGAGCGUGCUGUUUAUAGCCUUCGUAAUUUAUCUAUAUCAUUUUCAUCUAAAUAUUCUUCCCACGGUAAAAGAAAAAUAUUUGAACAUUAUUUUCGUGACACUUCAUUAUACGAAUGUUUAACUGAUAUUGUUAUACCAGCUGUAAGAAGUAGCGAUAUUUAUACUCAUUUAUUUACAAAAACUGGCCGCUUAAAUUCAACACCUUUAGUAGAUGUUCUAAUGGCAACAACAGCUGCACCUACUUAUUUUAAACCACAUUGCUUAAAUGGUACAAACUUCACUGAUGGUGGCGUGCAAAUGAAUAAUCCGACACUAGCUGCAUAUACAAAAGCUGUUGAAUAUGGCUAUGAGAAAGAAAAUAUAUUUGUACUAUCGUUAGGUACAGGUGAUUAUAUACAAGAGCCAUCACCUGUCAAUGCUCACUGGGACCUUCUACAUUAUAUAACACAUCACGAUGCCAUAGUUAAAGUUCUUCUUGAUAGUCAACAACAUAAUGUAGAUUAUCAUAUGAGUACUUUGAUGAAUGAUAAUCAUUAUUAUCGUUGGCAAGCAUGGUUUGAAGAAUCAAUUAAAUUAGAUAGCUGUGAACCAGAUAUAUUGGAAAACUUGGAAAAUAUAGCAUAUGAAUAUUGGGAAGAAAUGGAAUUAUAUGAUAAUAAUAGAUUAAACAGAUUGAUUGAACGUUUACGAUAUGAAUAA